AUGCUGAUGUGUAUACAGCAAGUCUUAAGGGUAAUCGCCACCCUUUCUGGAAACAACGAUUUCGACUUAUGGGUGACUAUGCAAGUAUGCUUCCUUUCUUGUCUGAAUCACUAUUAUCAUAAUUCUUCAUAA